AUGAAGGUCAAGCCUGCAGGUGUAACCCUAGAGACAAUCAAUGCUUCCUCAAGUUCUCUGUGUGAUAAUCUUCCAACUGGAUCUAGAAAUUUAGUGUGUUUAUUUUACGAAUAUAUUUCUCAUGUGUUCAGUCGUAGUGUUGCAACAAAUCAAGAUUUAUUCAAAAUAUUCCUUGAACUCUCGUCUAAAAUUCCACAAACUGUGUUUUUUGGUAUCUUCGGCAACGAUGAUCAAACUGUUAAUAUUGAGUCUUUGACUGAUCGAUUGGAAUUUCCACGUGGUAAACUUCUUAGACGUUGGGCUGAACAUCAAAUGCUUGAUUCUGAGAGCUACUGGCUGUUGCGUCGUAAUCUAGCACAUAAUAUUGGAUUGUAUGGAUUGAUGGAACGACUUUUCAACCUAACACCACUUCAUCCAGGUUGUUUGGUGAUCGAUCCACGUUCUGGAAACACGGAAAUACAUCAAACUUGUUUCGGUUUACCAGGAGAUAGUCUGUCUGAACCAUUCCAAUCAAUAAAUUCUGAAAGGGGAUUCAAUCAAUCCUACUUUAUUUUUUGCUUUUUGCGAACAAUGCUUAUACAGAAAACUGAGAGAUUAGUUAAAAGACGAUCGUCAGGUUGCCAGUUUUCUUCUAGAAUUCCAACAGAUUCUCAUGGUCUUGAUGAUUCUAGAGAAAAAUGGUUAACUAGCUGCCGACCUGUACCAUUUCGCCUCACUCCAAAUUUAGCUGGUCUUGUAUGUUUACCUGGAGCUCCAGCGACAGUUGGUCCUUUGGCAGCCAGUUUUACUACAGCUGCCCAAGCCUUGAUGUCUGCACAACGUGAUCAUACUUUAACCAGUCUUUAUCGAACUUUUUUGCGCCGUGACUACAUUCUAUGGCAUCGAGGAAGGCAGUCCACUGUUUAUGCUUAUCAAUUACUUAUGAGUGAACAGAUUCUAAAUGAACAAGAUGAAGUGAAACUACAAAAUCCUAAUGAAUCUCCUAUGGAAACCGGUAGACCUCUUUCAGGUUCUGGAGAAGAUGAAUCUUCACCAUUCAGUAGCUGUGCACCGGCUCUUGUACCUGAAUUGACCAAUGAACAGUUGAUCAAUCUAAUUAAUCUUACAAUGGAUUCCAUGAACAGUAAACUAAAAGUUGCCUCAGACUACUCAGGAACUGAACCGAAAUCCUGGAAACUUAUUGAUGAAGCCACAAGACCUACAAAUAUGAUCCAUAUGAGUCCAAACUUAUUACCUUGGUUAUAA